UACCAUAGAGUGGCGGUAUGAGCCAGGAACCACCAUAGAGAGCAUGCGCUGUGGAUAGAGCGCCCCCUUUUGCUACUAUAGAGAGACAGCGGAGUGGGGCCAGAACGUUCGAUUUUUGCUACCAUAGAAAGGAGGGACUGGUGGGCCAGAGCGUCCUAUUGCAACCAUAGAGAUAAGAGGAUUUACAUGCCAUAGAGAGGGUUGUGUACUGGGCUAGAGUAUCCGCUCCCCCACUGCUGAGAGGGAGUGUGGCUGGGCCAGACGGCCCGAUCUCCCACCAUAGGGCAGGGGGGCGUGGGUGGACCAAACCACCCAGCAUAAAGGGGGUGGUGUGGGGCUAGGACGGGCCAGAUACCUGCUCCCCCAUCAUAGAAAGGGGUGGAGCUGUUUUGUGGCUAGGUCACUGUGCCUGCUCUGGUCCCCGCUGGGCAGGCACCCAAGUCCCCAAACGUGCUGCCCCCCUCAGAGAGCAGUCGGAGGGAAGCAUGUUGGCAGGGGGUGACGCAAGCUUUCCCUGCCCAGGCAGCCCCGUCUGGAGAGGCACAGAGGAGUCAGUCCCUUGCGGUGUAGAUGGGGGAGUGUAUUUGUGCAGGUCUCGCUCUGCCUAGGCUGCUCCUAUGCUCAGCACCUACGGAGGCCUUAGUUCCUCUGUAGUUAGUUCCACUGAGCCCUCCCCCUGCCUUUUCCUGUGACUGGGCCUCCCCAGGCCAGGCUUCCCUCAGACAAUCCCUAAACCUCCUGCAUCAGGGCUCCGCUGACUCUGUUCUGCAUUAGUCUGGGGCAGUGCACUAGGGAGACAUGAAUGAGCCAAAUGGAUUUCAUCUGAUCAAGCCCAGUGCUGCACCUGGCCAGGGGACCCUCUGUCCUGAAGGCAGCUCUGUUGUGGUCCCUCUCCACCGGGAGGGGGUGGGGAUUUGUGCUCUGGUCCUCCCUGGGAAGCAUUCGCACCUGCAAGUGGGAGUAGGGGGCACCCAAACUUCUGUCCCCAUCCCUCAGUGGGGAAAUCAUUGGUUCUGAGGCUCCCCAUCUUGUGGUCUGUAAUGAUGGAGAAUGGUCUGGGAAGGGGUGGGGGUAUUUCUCCCACAGCCCAUGAUGCUCUGAAUGUGCCCCAUGGUGGCCUCUCUAAUCUGUUCAGGGCUCAUCACCCUAAUCCCAUUAAGGCCCUUUAAACUUUGGGAGUCAUGUAAUCAGGCUGUCUUAGACCUGGGCAUGACAGGGAAAUGGGGCCACGGGGGGGCCUGGAAGCUGGACAAGGCUUGAGGUGGGGCCUUCCUGAUCCCAGGGGCUCUUGGACCCUGUUCAUUGCUCCAUGGCUGACAAAUUAAUCCAGUCCUGGCCUGACCCAGUUCAUGGUGAAAGCCAGCCUGCAUCUGCUGAUUCACUCUCUUCCCCUGCCCCCCAAUGGCUGGAGCAGCCCCAGGGAUCCAGUGGCCUUGCCCCUUAGCUGGGGUGUGCAAGCUUCAUGCCAAAGGCUGAGAUCUGGGUCCCCCAUCUGGUCUUUAAAGAGCUCCCCCACCUCCAGGACAGCCAGUUAGCUGCUUGGGCAGUUCCCAUGAGGUCACUGGAUGAUUAACUGAAGCCCUGAUUCCAAUCCUCCCAUCAGGUAAUUAUCCAUGUCCUGGGACAACUCCCGCCCAGGGCAGCAGCUGCCCCUGCCCCGAUCUGGUCUGGGCUCCCACCUUAGUCUGUAGGUGCAGGGGAUGGGAACAUCUCCCUGCAGCAGGCAGUCCUCAUAGUAUGGGGGAUGGCAUGGGGUGGGGCCCAGGGCUGAGAGUGCAGUCCAGGGAGGAGGGGAUCCAAGAGGAGAGCACUCUCCCUGGGGUGGGGAGUAUUGAAUGCAGGGGGGAUCCAAGGGCUGGGAGUACAGGGGGCCCCAGCAGGGGUGCUCUUGUCAGGUUAGGGGGCACUAACAAUUGCAGAGGGUCCUAGCAGGGAGCAUUGACUUGGGGAAUCCAGCCCCCAACCCUCUAUCCCAGCUCCCCCCCCCCCUCCACACCACACCAUAGGGGGGUUGUGCCCAGAGGAUUAGCUUGGUGUCAGGACAAAGCGAUUACGGCGCCUGGAGCAUCUGUCAGCUCCUUGCCCUGGGGACUGCUGGGCCCUGUAAUCCCCGCACAUCCUGCAAUGGCCCACGGCAGUGCCUGAUGCAUCGCCAUGGCUGAAAGAACUCUGGAUUGUGGUGGUGCUCCAUCCCAGGCAGUGCUGACCCCUGGUGAGGCCUGCACCCCCAUCCAGCUACCUGUGGCAAUCCCAGGGCAGAACAGCCUGGCCCGGCCCCGCAGCACUGACCAGGAGAUGCAGUGGCUAUCAGAAGUGGGAAGGAGCCCCAUCCAGACAGAGCCUCCCGCAAAGAACCAGUUCUUCCUGGAGCCAUGUGAGAGGGGCAAAGGCGCCCCUACAGGGCCGUGCGAGGAGUUGUGCAAAGGUCUCCCUGAGGAGCUGUGCGAGGCGAUGUGCGACGAUCCCCAAAGGGAGCCGUGUGAGGUGGCGUGCGUGGAGCUGUGUGAGGACACUCCUCCCUGGGAGCUGUGCAGGGAUCCCCCCAUGGAGCCAUGUGAAGGGCCGUGCAAGGAGAUGUGCAAAGAUCCUCCCCCCAGGAAGCCAUGCGAAGGCCCCCUUGGAAGCCCAGUGCAGGGGAAGGCCCGGCUGCCGUCCAUUGUGGUGGAACCCACAGAGGUGGGAGAGGUGGAGAGCGGGGAGCUGCGCUGGCCCCCAGAUGACUUCCUGCUGCUGGAGGGCGAGGACGAGCUCUUCACUGAUGAAGAGGAGCAAGCAGCAGGGCCGGGGCCUGGGCCCCCUGCUCUGGAGAGCAGCCUGGAUGAAGUGCUGCUAUGAGGCUGCCAGGGGCAGAGGGAACCCCAGACCCCACUAGAGACCCAGCUGUAGCCUUGGGGGCGGGGGGGUGUAGCUCAGAGACUGAGGACACCUUCCCCAGGAGCUGGACAGCAGCAGGAGGGGAUGGGCCCCCUGCCACCAGAACCUUAGGGAGCAGAAUAAGACCAGCCUGGGGCACCCUCCUGGCCGAAUCCAGUGCCCCUCAUCUGUGAGCAAGAGUUAGCCUGACUUUGAUCUGGAACAGCAGCACCAUGGGGCAUGCACUGCCCCCACCACCUCCAGGAGCUGGGACCCAGACUAGGCAACUGCUCUGUAUGGACACUGGGGACCCAAGGCUCAGGCGAGCUGGGGGUCCAGCCACCUGCAGGGUUUGUGCUGGUGGGUAUAAGCUGCCCCUUCCUCCCCUGUUGAGCUGAGCAAUAAAAGGUUCCUGUCCUAGCUGUGGUGUCUCCCUGUGAAGUGGCUGGCGAGGCCCUGGGAACAGGUGUAGUGUCCCAGUGGGGCCAGGCUCCUGGGGGCUGCGAGCUCCACACUUUCCGGGCCCCAAGUGGUGUCUGAGCUUUGGGGAGGGG